AUGGACGAGGAAGAGAACUCUAUCCAUCGCAUCCUUGAUGCCCAGGAGCCUAUUGUGAAGGAGCUUGUGCGUGGGGAAGUCGAACAUGGGGUCCUCAUCCCACUAAAGACGACACUGGAGCUGCGAGAUGAUUACGUGACGGCCAAAGUUCUGAUCACUCGCGUGCCUCUGAAGACAGCCAACCCCGCAAUCAUGAUGUUGCGAGAGCUACUAUCCGAAGAGGUGGUUAAGUGCUUCCCUCAUCUUCGUCGAUGCGCCAAGCCUUGCGAUUUGCCUGCCCACAUCAAAGCGAAGUUCAUGAACGAGUCCCCAGAUACCCGACAAAUCCAUACCGGAAAAUCGAACUGGAUAUACAUCAUUGCAGGGCCCGAAUCCAUGCUGAACAAGGAGGAGGUCAGACAGGAACUGACCAAGCUCGACGGCAUGGAGGGUGAGGAGGUGUUCAUCAGCAGCAUCCCGGUCCCUAUGGUUGCACCUGCUUCCCAGGUUCAGGCGGCUAUGUGGUCACAGCAAUUCUGGCCCGCCGUAUACCGCAAGAACAAUCCUCUUGGACCGCAUCCUUCGAUGAUCGCCCGCAGCACGGACGAGAUCAGUGACGAUGCGGCCAUUUGGAUGAGCCUCGCACACCAAGUCGCCCACCAGUCCGAGGCCAAAGGCUAUGGAGAGGCCAUGGGCGCUUGCGUUAUUCAACGAGAGGAAGACAAGACGACCAUUGUCGCCUUGGCUGGUGACGCUCGUUGGUGCCAGCGAGGCAAAUGCGGAGAUGGAGGCAACCCCAUGGCACACUGUGUCAUGCGUGCCAUCUCCAUGGUUGCCCAAAAGCUGGUUCGAUGCGAAAACAGACAAACUCGGACCAAUCCGGAGCCCAUUUUAGAGUAUGAGUGCUUCCAGGACAAGCCCUUGUUCGAGGAUGAAAGAAAGGUCUUUGAGCUGGAACAUCCCAGCCCAGACGGCUACUUGUGCCACGGUCUCGAGAUGUACCUGACACACGAGCCCUGCGUCAUGUGUUCCAUGGCGAUACUCCACUCUCGCAUGGGCAAGGUUGUCUUUCGUCAUCGUAUGCCGUUGACGGGCGGGCUCAGCGCGGAGGAUAGGGGUUGUGGUCAUCCCUCACUUGGGGGAGCCGAUGGCGGUCGUGGUCUUGGCCUGUUUUGGCGCCGGGAGUUGAACUGGAGCUUGAUUGCCUGGGAGUGGGAGUCAGGCGGCUGCAUGAGGCCUCUAGAGGUGGACAAAGCCAUCCAUGCCUAG